CAUCUGUUGCUGUGCUUUCUGUAAUUAUGUGUAAAUAUUUGUAUAUGGCUUUGUUGUAUUCUGUAGAAAUGCCUUUCUGAGUUAAGUGGUUUCAAAAUGUUUUAGCAGUAAAGCCUAUUUGUUACGCUGGGGACGUUUACCAGUGGAUUUCGUUUAAAAAAAAACCCCAAAAAACUAAACUAAACAAAAACAACAUUAUAUUUUGUAAUUUGCGGGGUCGGUGGCUGUGUGUACAAUAAGUUAGUGGUACUUGUUGAAGAACUCCAUUUCCCAUGACCGCCAGUAAUCUGUAUGUCGCUUUGCGUCACGUCCCCCGUCCCCCACCAUCGCUGAUCUACAGAGGAAGAAAGGGGGAGACGAGCAGCCUACACAGAACGUUUUCACACCAAUAUGAGCGGCAGCGGGCGGCCCAGGACCAGCUCAUUCGCUGAGCCUCCCGGAGCUCCCGGGUCCGCAGCAGCCGGUGCCGGAUCAUCUGUAGCCGGUGGAAGUUCGACAGGAAAGACCGGUGCUUCACAGGCCACUGGAAGUAGCGCGACGAGUUUUGGGAAUUUAAAACUGCCCAGAGACAGUGGUAAGGUGACAACAGUUGUAGCCACACCAGGCCAAGGACCUGACCGCCCGCAGGAAGUGUCUUACACAGACAUAAAAGUUAUUGGAAAUGGCUCGUUUGGAGUGGUCUAUCAGGCACGACUUAUUGACAGUCAGGAGAUGGUGGCAAUAAAGAAGGUUCUGCAGGACAAGAGGUUUAAGAAUAGAGAGCUGCAGAUUAUGAGAAAGUUGGACCACUGCAACAUUGUGAGGCUACGCUAUUUCUUCUACUCAAGUGGGGAAAAGAAAGACGAGGUGUAUUUGAAUCUGGUGCUGGACUAUGUCCCGGAGACGGUGUACAGGGUAGCGCGGCAUUUUAACAAGGCCAAGACCACAAUUCCCAUCAUAUAUGUUAAGGUGUACAUGUACCAGCUGUUUCGCAGUCUGGCUUAUAUCCAUUCCCAAGGCGUGUGUCACAGAGACAUCAAGCCUCAAAAUCUUCUGGUGGAUCCAGAGACGGCCAUUCUCAAGCUUUGUGAUUUUGGCAGUGCGAAGCAACUCGUUCGAGGAGAACCCAAUGUCUCCUAUAUCUGCUCACGGUACUAUCGUGCCCCAGAGCUCAUCUUUGGAGCUACUGACUACACAUCCAACAUUGACAUCUGGUCAGCUGGUUGUGUGCUGGCUGAAUUGCUAUUGGGUCAGCCUAUCUUCCCCGGGGACAGUGGAGUGGACCAGCUUGUAGAAAUUAUUAAGGUUCUGGGGACACCAACGAGGGAGCAAAUCAGAGAAAUGAACCCGAACUACACAGAGUUCAAAUUCCCUCAGAUUAAAGCACAUCCAUGGACUAAGGUGUUUAAGCCCCGUACCCCACCUGAGGCCAUUGCCUUGUGCUCUCGGCUGUUGGAGUACACACCAGUGACGAGGCUGUCUCCUCUGGAAGCAUGUGCACAUGCUUUCUUUGAUGAGCUGCGUCAACCCAACACCCGCUUACCUAGUGGACGAGAACUGCCACACCUCUUCAACUUCAGUCCUGUUGAGCUCUCUAUCCAGCCCCAGUUGAACACCACUCUCAUUCCUCCUCAUGCCCGCGCACAGACAUCACCUGCCUCCCAUG